CACUUCAUCUCCAACGCGGAACAGUUGACAGGGAGCUCGCGAGUCCAACAUGUCAGCGCCAGGUAGCACCUACCAACCCGUGAGCCAUGUCAUUUUCGACAUGGACGGAUUGUUAUUAGACACAGAGCGACUGUACACAGUGUCCUUCCAGGAAAUAUGUGACCGCUUUGGAAAGCGGUACACUUGGGACGUGAAGUCAUCAGUGAUGGGUAAAAAGGCUCUGGAUGCCGCCCAAAUGAUUCGCGAUGCUCUGGAGCUUCCCAUGACAGCUGAAGAACUCCUGGCUGAAAGCAGAGAAAUACAAGAAAGGAUCUUUCCCUCUGCCAAGCUCAUGCCAGGUGUGGAGAAACUGGUGCACCAUCUACGGAAGCACAAUAUCCCCAUCGCAGUGGCCACCAGCUCAGCCGGUGUGACGUUUAAGCUGAAGACGAGCCAACACAAAGACUUCUUCGGUCUGUUUGACCACAUUGUUCUGGGCGAUGAUCCCGAGGUGAAGAACCACAAACCUAACCCUGACUCUUUCCUGGUCUGUGCCAGCAGAUUCAACCCUCCAGCCUCUCCAGAGAAGUGCUUGGUGUUUGAAGACGCUCCCAACGGUGUGAAGGCGGCGUUGGCUGCGGGGAUGCAGGUGGUGAUGAUUCCUGAUGACAACCUGGACCCCAGCCUUACCCAGGAGGCCACGCUGCGACUCAGGAGCAUGGAACAGUUUGAGCCGCAGCUCUUUGGCCUGCCGGCAUACGACUGAGCCGGAACCCAAACCUAAAGCCACACCAUGUACGCAGCAGGGCUCCGUUCUUCUUCCUCAAAGUAAAUUAUGAUGACACAGUGAGAAAACCAAACUGAUUGCUUGCCUGCAUAUCUCACCAUGUUGUGGGGUGAUACUGAUGAUUUCUGUUGGUGGCAGUUAAUGGUGCUUCAUUGUUUUCUGAUUGUCUCAGAUGAGACAACAUAUUUUAAUCUGUGUAAGCACUCUUUGUUCACACUUUUCUUGAUGUAUUACACGAUUUUUUUUACAUUGUACUGGCAAUAGCUGUGGCUAGAGUCUGUCCAUCUGCCACAUUCUCGUGACUGCAAUGAUUCAAGAACACCUUCAUGAAAUUUCUUUAAAUUCGGCACAAAUGUCCACUUGGACUAACGAAUAAACUUGUUCAAUUUUGGUUGUCAGAGGU